ACCGGUAUACCAGCGACAACAAGCUCAAAGAGCAAAGUAAAAAGUACAAGUGCCGGUAAACCGCCGACAUUGCACGAUAUCGGUACUUGAAAGAUGGCAUUAAAAUCGUGUCAAAGGGCAUUAUUUCAGGUUCUUCAAAGUAGAAUUAGCGGUAACAGUUUAGGAGCGAGAGCUGUGCUGUUGCGAAACAUGUCUUCCGACUCACCACUCAACUACAACUAUGAGACACUGGCAGUGACCCAGCCAAAGGAUUAUGUCAAGCAAGUGGAGAUGAACAGACCUGAGAAAAGAAAUGCCAUGAACCAGACAUUUUACAGAGAAAUGAGGGAGUGUUUCAGACAGUUGGCUGUGGAUGGGGAUUGCAGGGUGGUUGUGCUGACGGGAGCUGGGAAAAUGUUUACUGCAGGUCUAGAUCUGAUGGAUACCAUGGGUCUCUUCUCUGGUGACUUGGAGGUUGGACGUAAAGCUAUGGCCCUGAAGCAAAAGGUGUCUGAAAUGCAGGAGUCAUACACAGUCAUGGAAAAGAGCCUGAAGCCUGUCAUUGCAGCAGUCCAUGGUGGCUGUAUAGGCGGAGGGCUUGACAUGAUCACUGCUUGUGAUAUCCGACUGUGCACACAGGAUGCCUGGUUCCAAAUCAAGGAAGUAGAACUAGGACUUGCUGCCGAUCUAGGAACACUACAGAGGUUUCCCAAGAUCAUUGGCAACGAUAGUUGGCUGAGGGAGAUCGUCUACACAGCCAGAAAGUUCAGCAGCGAUGAAGCGAGAGAGAGGGGACUUGUCAGUGGUAUCUUUGAGACGAGAGAGGCGAUGCUAGAGGGCGCCAUGGAAAUCGCCUCCCUGAUCGCGAGCCGGAGCCCCAUCGCUGUGCAGACCUCCAAGGCUAGCCUAUUGUUUUCCAGAGACCACGGGGUACCAGAUGGUCUAAAUGAUGUGACAACGUGGAAUGCAAGCAUGUUACAGAGCGAAGACUUGAUGAAAGCCAUCUCUGCAGCUAUGCAGAAGAGCGAACCCACAUUCUCGAAGCUUUAGCCCAACAGGGAUGCGCGACCUCUGGAGUGCUGCGGUAUAUCAAAUCUGCCCAAAGCGCCCUCUAAUGACUAUAUGGAUAUCAGACCAAAUGAUCUUGUAGACGAAUCCAGAAGCAAGUUCGGGCAAGUACUAUGGUUAACCAUAGUUUUACUGUCUUCACUGGAACACAUGAUGGUUGGCCUACUCUAGUCGACUAUUUGGAACCGGAGCUAGGGGCACGAUUCAUUCACUGGUUACCAAUAGCCACGGGCAUCAUAACACACAGCAGGGAGCCAGGAUCAAGAAGUUUUGUGAUGGCAUUUUGACCAUCGUUUGACUAGAGGCGUUCGCAUGUUGCUAUUAGUGUGCAGGCGUAAGUUAUGUCGCAAAAAUGACAAAUCAACCACUAGUAGACUAAUGGUCCUUGCCCGAACUUGCUCUUUAAUGUAACGCUUGAUUUGACCCAUGUUAGCUGUGGUAAACUAAUGUUUUAAUAAGAUUAUAAGACCCAAAUUGAAUGGCACUUUUCUGGGUCUCUUUUGUACAAAAAGCACACUGCGACACUCAACAAAAUGAAAUGGGUUGAAUGUAAUUACAUGCAUUGCUCAGAUGUUUUAAUUACAUAGAAGUUGAUUUAUUUUACACACAACUGUUUAUUAAAAAAAAAAUCAAAUUACGAUUGUACGGUUUGAACAGUUUAAAAAUUAAUUGAUACUGGCAGGUUUGUGGUACCACCACGUUAUACACAGGAGAACACUAUUUUAACGAAGAAAAAAAAAA